AAUUGCGUGAGAUAGAAAAAAUGUGUUUGAGGAUUCAAAGCAAUGUUUUAAGGAUCGGUGGAGACAGGGUAGCUUGAAGAAUCGCAGACAUCUGUGAGUCAUCUUUAGUGAUUCUUGCUAAAGCGAUUUCUCAAUAGCAGACAUUCAUCGCAAACACUUGAGCACCUAUGGGUAUAAUUAGAAGUUGCUUCUCUUUCAUAGCAGGGACAGUAUGUGGGGUUUAUUUGGCUCAGAAUUAUCAAGUUCCUAAUAUCAUGAAGUUUGCUGACACUGCCUUGUUCAUGGCAAAAGUUGUGGAGGAAAAAUACCGCAAGCCCAAGAAGAGGGAUGAUGAUGAUGAUGUUUAGUUUGUACUUGGUGCCAUAUUGGAAUCAGAUUCUUGUUUUGUUUUUUCCUUAUAGAAAUCCGUGAUUAUUGGAUCGAAUACCUCAAUUAUAAGCUUUUGGAAAACAUAAAUUGGAAGAUUUUUAUG